AAUGAUAACAACUGGUUUGGUUCUUGGUUAAAUGCUGCAAAGAAUAAGGGUUCAGAAGUUUUGGAGUUCGUAAAAAAAGAUUUGGAAGAAUUUGGAUCUGCUGUUAAAAAUGAAGCUACUAAUGUGGUAUCAUCUACAGGAGCUGUACUCGAAAAAACACUUAGUUUGGAUUCUCCAUCUUCUACCGCUAGUAAUAUGAAAAGAAGUUUUAGCUCAUUCCUUGGUCAAAUGAAUAAUGUAUUGAACCCUAGUCCAGAUGAUUCUGAUGCAGAAAUGUUGAUAGUCGAAAAUUCAGAAACAGUUACUUUAAAUAAAUUUCAGAAAGCUCUAUACGAACUACAGAAGGAUCCCGUCACAUAUUUGGAAGAUCCAGAUGAGAGUUUACGAAAACAGUAUAAUUGUUGGCUAGAAAUAAUAGAUGACCAGUUAAACGACGAUAGAAUAGCUAAACACGUAAAUAGCUCAGAGAUUUUAAAGAAACAUUAUGCUAAAUUAGUUCCUGACAUCGUAGAACAUCAAGUUUUCUGGAAAAGGUAUUUAUUUAAAAAAGCCUUACUAGAAGACGAUCUUGCGAGACAAGAAGCAUUAGAAAAAAGGGAACAGAAAGAAAAACAAGCUACGGAAGAAAAUCUCAAGUGGGAGCAAGAUUUUGCCGCAGACAUAGAACUUACAGAAGAGCAACAGAUAGAACUUUUGGAACAGUAUGAAAACGAGCGAAAGGGUAGUCAAAUGUCUUCGCAACAACCAAUAGGAGAAACAGUCGUUUUUAAACAGGACUCCCCUAAGAGGAAAAACAAAGGAUCCAAACGAAAGCCGACUACAGAAACCCAAAACACACAGGCCGCUACCCCAAAGGAAAACGAUUUAAGCGCAAGUAUAACCAGCACCCCAAGUAGCAACAGCAGCCUAGAUUUGGAUUGGGAAAAAAUCAGUGAUACAGAAAAGUAACUUUAGAGUAA